AUGCUGUUAAUCUUUCAAGCUCUAGAAGCUAUUUUACUGAGGACAGCCAGCGACCUCUCACAUUUUUCUGUUGUGGGAAUGAACAUUGUCAAAAAGUUGAUUCAUUCCUAUAUGAAACUGGUCUAUGCUGCUUUGUAUUCUGAAAAUCACAGGAUGAGCCGAGGGUGCCUCACACUGCUGUCAGCGAUGGUGGCUCAGGGCCCAGAUUCAGCAAGGGACGUAUAUAGUCAUUUUGAUUUCAAUAACAAGUACCUGCCUGGAUUGUUGAAAAGAAGGUGUAAGCAGGGGAGACCAGAUGUCCGCAUGGCCUAUAUUCAGUUUGCUCUCUCCUUUCUCAUUGCUGGUGACAAUGCAAUCUUGGCACAGGUGCUGGAAUUAAAAGAUUUCAUUCCAACUAUUCUUCGCUCUGAAAUAAAGGAAGACAGAGUUUCUACUGUCAAUCUUCUACUUUCCACGCUGAGAACUAAGGUGGUUCAUAACAAAAAUAUCAGCAAGACACAGAAGGUGCGUUUUUUCACUGCAGAAGUGUUGCUUCACAUCGCUUCACUGUACCGUUGGAAUGGGAUUACUGAUGUCAGCCCUGAGGAUUUAAAGGUGGCUCAAGGUUCUGAGGAGGUGGGAAAAGCAAUGGUACGAGAACUUGUGCAUAGUUUCUUAAUGGACCUCUGCUGCUCUCUGAAACAUGGCAUAACGUUCCAUGAUCCAAGUCUUGGAACUUCUGGCAAGGGAGGAAAUGUGGUACUUCUGCACUUCCUGCUUGGUUUAAAAACUGCAACAGAAGAUGAAAUGGUUGCUGAUCUCAUGGUGAAUAUUCUCAAAGUGUGCCCAGAUUUAUUGAACAGAUACUUCAAGGAGACCCAGUAUUCCUUUGUUCCUAGAGUGAAGUCUGCUUGGAUGGACAACAUGAAGUUACUUAAGAAGAUCUAUGAGGCUCAACCAGAGAUCUCCAAUUCUUUUAAGAUUUCAGAAUUUAUUCCUCUUCCCAGAUUGCUUUCUGUGGUGAUGGUAACAACAGUCCCUGCAGUGUGCAACAGAACAAUGUUCACCCAAGGGUUAAAUGUUUUACCAGACAUGACUAGUGUAGUGGCUGUCUGGCAGUCCCUUCUGAAACAAGAGAGAAAACACAACGGCAGCCCAGCAGAGAAGGAAGGUGAUGUCUCCACUGUGAAGGCAGUGACCGAGACAGAAGUUGCUGAACAGCAUGGUUCCGAUGAUGCUGAGACGCUGCUUCUGAAAGCUGCACUGCUUCAGGUCAUGUGUCUUUAUCAGAAGGUUGUGCCCCACAUGUUAGCACAGAGCAACUUUGAUUUUAGCAAGCUGAUAAAAGGUAUAGUCACUGAAAAGGGCCUGCGGGAGGAGGUCCCUCCUCUUCUGCAGCACCAUAUCCUGAAAGUGGCUUUGGAACUUCCCGCAAAUAAAUUUGCGUGGUUCAAAGUACAGGACAUCUCUGAGACAGAGAAGAUAUCUGGUGAAAAAUCAGUCUUCUAUUUACUGAUGAAAAUGUUUGUUACAAGUACCCAUACUCAUCUGAAAAUUUCCACCAAAAAGUUAAUCAUCAAGGUUUUGCGUGACAGUGGAGUGUUUGAGUACACAUGGAAGGAACUUUCAAUUUGGCUGGAACACUUGGAUAAUACAAAAGAAGACCAGAAGGAAGCAGUGAUUCAGUUUUUGGAAAGGGUGCCAAAAUUAUCAGACCUCAAACCUACUGUGGCACUGGAUUCUGUAUUUACCACUUUGCUAAAGAGAGCGUAUGAGAGAGGAAGCAAUACCUUUCUGGAGGAUGGUGUUCAGGCAAAAUUGAGAGACCUGGCUUCCUGGCUACCACCUGAUCAGGUUUUGUUGGGAGUAAAGCACGUGCUGCUAUACCUGAAAUCCACAGUGGAGAACUUCAGCAGUGUUGGUAAAACUGUGGGUCCUCAACUCAUUGACCUCUAUGUGGACAUUCUGAGCAUCGUGUUGUGCCGUGGCAAUCAAAUAAAGCUGGAUCAGCAACAGAAGCAGGAAGAGCAUCAGGCUGAGUCAGAUCUCUUUAUGGAUGAGGAGUCUCUGAUGACAGAAGUGCCUUCAAAUGACAAGACACUGGAGGAUACACUCACCUUGAUUUUCAGACAUCCUACUCUGGAGAGGUGGUUCCUGGCCUUGGAACUGCACUCUAUUCCUCAGCCUGGUUUGAACCCUGUCACUGUGAAGCUCCUGUCAGCUCACCUCAAUUCCGGGGUGCUGCAGCUGCUGAAAACAGGUGCCCCCAUGGUGCAGGGCGUCACAACGGAUCACAGACACGUGUUGUCCAAGUAUUUCGAAGCUAUCACAAAAAGCGUCCUGGAAGAGCUGCAGACUGUGGGGAAGGACAGAAGCCAGGUCUAUCUCAGGAAGUCUCACCAGCUGCAGGCGCUGGAGGAGCUGUACAUGUACAUGACUGCAGCUCAGCUGAAGGAGAUCACUCUAACCAUGCUGCAACUCCCUGAGAUGAGCUUGACUGAUCAGAAAUCUGAAAAAUCCCCUAAAAAAGGGAAGCAGUUAAACUUCUAUGGACAAAUUUUGGUGAAGCUCCUUACAGACAGCUACCAACGGCAUCCCCAGCAAGGAGAAUUUCUGCUAUCCACAGAGCACAUUAAAGCUUUGGGGAUAUUGAUGUCAUCAUCAGCCAGCAAAGAACUGGAGGAAGUUUUCCUUCAGGCUCUUCAAAGUGAGCCAGUCCUUGCUCUCGCAGUUGGUGUCGAGGUUCAAGCUCACUGCCUUGCCCAGUGCUCACACACCUCCCUGGCCAUCGUGGCCAUGCUGAUCCAGCACUCCAGGACUCAUCUGCUGCAGUUUGAGCUCUGGUGUCUGAGCAGUGCCACUGGGAAGUACCUCAGGAAACGCAUGGAGAGCUUUCUUCCACUCAUUAAUGUGUAUUUGCAAUGCAGAGACCAGUAUGGCUUCAGCCGACCUUCCACAGUUGUCUCGGCUGUCACACCUGUCCUGAGGAAAGCCCUGUGGAAGGAGCUCUGUGCCGAGAUUCAGGACACUGGGGCGUCACAUGAGGCCUCUGUGAAACUGCAAAUUCUUUCAAAGCUGUUGCCACCUUUGGAAUGCAAAGUGCACAACCUAAUGGGCUGCCUUCCUGCUGCUCUGGAGAGAGCAGGGAAUGAAGAAAGGUCGGCAGU